AUGUCUCCAAGUGUUACGGGAUAUAUGUAUCAACGACAAAAACCUUCUUGCGGAUUUACGAUCGACACCAAGCUGAGCGAAUUAAUACCUGAAGAACUUAACCAUCCAGAAUCAGCCAAUGAUGCUCCCGGUUAUCAGGAUGAUCAAAUGUUCGAUAUGGAUAUUGAUGGAGGUGCUGAUGGUAAAGCUGAAAAGCCCACUGCUGCAUCGACAUCGACAACUCAACCGAAAAUUGAUCUUGGCCCUCCUCCAGGACUUGGCUUUGAUGAAGCUCAACGUGGUUCUAAGCCUAUAGUGAUUUCGUUGCCACCAAUGGCUCCUAGCCUAGAAAAAGAGCCUGUCGUCCCAAGUAUCGCUAACUUACGGGUUUCCGAACCAUCUUAUAGUGCUUCGAAAUCGCCGACCGGAAAGAAAACAGGACCGAAUCCUCCGCUUGGGAAUCUUCCCUCGAAUUCCAGUUCUCAUCGGCUUAACCAAUUGGCAGCGAUCACAUCUACACCGACAACACCGAGACGUUCAAGACGACGCGAUGAAGGCAAAGAAUUGAUAAACCUGGUCGUUGUGGGUCAUGUGGAUGCCGGUAAAAGCACUCUGAUGGGUCACCUGCUCUGCCGACUCGGAUGUGUGGACCAACGUACCCUCCAUAAGUAUAAACAGGAGUCAGCCAGAUCCGGAAAGGCUUCAUUUGCAUUCGCUUGGGUGUUGGAUGAAACAGAGGAAGAACGAGCUCGUGGUGUUACUAUGGACAUAGCAAAGACAACAUUUGAGACGAAUUCGAAGCGAGUUUUGUUACUAGAUGCCCCUGGACAUAAGGAUUUUAUUCCGAAUAUGAUCACUGGUGCCUCGCAAGCAGACGCUGCUAUCUUAGUCGUGAAUUCUACUUGUGGCGAGUUCGAAACUGGAUUUGAAAACGGUGGUCAAACAAGAGAACACGCCAUGCUGCUACGAUCACUUGGAGUUGGGCAGUUGGUAGUUGCUGUAAACAAGCUGGACACCGUUGACUGGUCAGAGGAGCGAUUCCUCGAAAUUCAGGCUAUCAUGAAAACAUUUUUGACCAAGCAGGCAGGAUUCAGUAAAAUUCGCUUGUGCCUCGGCGAGAAUUUGUCAGAUCGUGUUCCUGAAAACCAUCCUCUUCGAAAAUGGUAUUCAGGCGAAUGCUUAAUAGAGCUUAUAGACGCAUUCUCUGCACCUCCUCGAGCUUGUGAAGGACCUUUGCGGAUAGUAAUAAACGACCUCUUUAAGGCUACUAAUACUCAACUUAGUGUAAGCGGAAGAAUCGAAUCUGGAGAGGUGGAUGCCGGUGACAAGGUGUACAUAAUGCCUAAUGCAGAUGCUGCUGUCGUUAAAGCAUGUACCAACGAUAAUGGUGGAUCAGUAGAUAGCUGCGUGGCUGGCGAUCAAGCAAUUCUUACCCUGAACGGUACCUUUGAACCGGACACUAUUCACGCGGGGCACGUCAUCGUACGCGGUGGACAGGAUGCUCUCAUGCCGUGCAACCGUUUUGUUGCACGUAUCGUCGUCUUCGACAUCGUCGUGCCAAUCAUGAAGGGGACAAAAGGCGAAUUAUACUGCCAUUCACUUUGUGAGCAUGCAGUUGGUCAACUAAUCUCAUCAAUCAACAAGACAAAUGGUGAAGUAAUCAAGGAGCGGCCAAGAUGCUUAGCAAAGCAAAUGAGUGGCUUGGUGGAAAUCGAAACAGAACGUGAAGUAGCAAUCGAUACGUACACAAAUUGCAAGGCACUCGGUCGAAUCACAGUCCGUGCCGGUGGUCAAACGAUUGCAGCAGGAAUUGUUGAACGGAAGUUAAGCUGA